AUGAUAAUCAGAUUAAUAAUUUGUUUAUUAACACUUUGUAUCCAAAUAACACACUCUCUAUCAAACACAGUUGAUAUUAAGGGUAAAUUGGAUUUACAUCCACGAGAAAUCACACAUAAAGAUGUUAUUCAAACAGAAUUCAAAUUGAUACAAACUUUUAACUAUCACAACACUUCAACAAACACUCAUAAUAAAAUUUAUUCGUCAAGUUGUAACUUAAUAAAUUCAAAUGGUGACUUUGAAUUCCAGAAUGUUCCAUUAGAUUUGAAUAAUAAUUACACUUACUACGUGCUAUACGCCAAAUCUAUGGCUUAUAAUCUCAAACCAAACAGAAUAUUAAUUCAAAUUGAAAAUUAUGGAGGUGCUAAUGACACUGCUGUUAUUAGAGCAUUUGCUAAUAAUUUUGGUAGGGAGUAUUUUCCCUCUCCAGAUAUUCUUUAUCCAGAAAAAUUACCAGAAAUAAAUCCAUAUAUCAUUAUUAAACCGAUAAGUUCUGCUCCAUUUAGAGAAUAUAUUCAACUAAGAAAACUAGGCUUUUUACAAUCUGGUCCAUUAGCUUCUAUUUUUGAGUCUAAAUGGAAAACAGCCUUAGCAAUUGGUGCUAUAAGUAUGUUUUUGGUACCAUUUAUUUUAGAAAAAUUAGAUCCUGAAACCGCUAAGGCCAUUAAAGAAGAAAGAAUGAGAAAGCAAAGAGAAAAAUACAAUAUCCCAGAACAAUAG